CAUAAAUUAUUGUUUGUUAAUGUAAAUUGAAGAACCAAUUGUGUAUUAAUUUGAAUGCUUUCGUAAAGGAAAGAAUGUAAAUAAGAAAUACAUCGGAAUUUUAAAACAAGAUCGAUUAGAUUUAUGCAAGGUAAAAUUUUUGGAAAUAUUUUGAUAUUUUAGGAAAAUCAAACAAAUUUCAAAUAUUCUUUACCAAUUUAACUAUAAACACAUAUUAAAUGGGAAGUCGAGGAGGACACUUAGGAAGGAAAAAAGUACUACAAAAUAGUCUCAUUUAAAUUUUAAUAAGUUUUUAAAUUCAUAUUAAUAUUCUUUAGGUUAAGCAAAUAAAUGAUAACUUUGUUGCCAAAAUAACAACAUUUUUUGGAGAUGAAAAAACUCUUACAACUUUAAAAGAGCAUUUAAGAAAUAAAAUCAUUUUUUAAAGAAUUCAAGACUUUUAUACUCCUCUUUAAACAUUAGGGAAAGGUGCAUCUUCGAGAGUUUUAUUAGUGAGACAUAAGAAUAAAGAAAUAUAUUAUGCAGCAAAAUGUGUUGACAAAUCAUAUGUUAACGAAACAGAAAAUGGAAUGGUAUUAAUAUAAAAAUUAAAUAGGAAUCUAUGUUUUAAGAGAUAAAAAUUAAUAAUGAUCUAGAUCAUCCUUCUUUUAUUAAAUUGCAUGCAGUUUAUGAAGGUGAUAAUACAUUCUAUAUGGUUAUGGAUUUAUUAGAAGGUAAAAGUUUACAUGAUGAAUUAAAUAAUCAUAAAAAUGGAUUCCCUGAAGAUUCAGUAAGAAAUAUCAUGUGGGUAAUUAAAUUCAGCAUACUUUAUAGCAAAUCCUUAGUGGAAUUGAAUAUAUGCAUGAUAAGUAAAUUAUGCAUAGAGAUUUAAAACCAGAAAACAUUAUGCUUAUGAGAAAGGAUGAUUUAAAUUCUCUUAAAAUUGUUGAUUUUGGUUUGGCAACAUAUUGUAAUGUAAAUAAGUAUUUUUAUAAUUUUAAUUAAUUAGAUAUUUAUUCCCUAAAUGUGGUACUCCUGGUUACGUUGCUCCAGAAAUUGCUAAUCUAACUGAUAAGACUUUUAAAUAUGAUAAAGUUUGCGAUAUUUUUAGUGCUGGUGUUAUAUUUUUUAAAUUGUAAUUUAUAAUAUAUAAAUUUAAGAUUAACAGGAAAGGAUCUUUUCCCUGGAGUUGGAUUUAAUUUAGUUUUAAAGUUGAAUAAGUAAUGUAAAAUUGAUUUAACUCCAUUGUAAAUGAAAAAAGUUGAUCCCUCUAUUACUGUAAUUUUUAUAUUAAAUUUUAGACUUUAAUAUAGAAAAUGCUUGAAAAAGAUCCUGCUUAAAGGAUUACUGCUACUCAAUCAUUAUAAGAUCCAUUUUUUAUGCCUUGUUAUCAAGAAAGUGGCAUUUAAGGACCAGCUAAAUUAACACCAUUUCAAAAAAAAUAAAUGUUUUCAACUUGUGGAAAAGCUUUCACUACUGAAUUUUAAAAUGAAAAUUAAAAAGGAAGUCCUCAAGAUAGAAUUGAAAAUAAGGGUUCCUUUGUUACAUAAGAUAAUACUUAUAGACCAAUUUAAUAAAGCCAAUAGAAAAUUAUCUAGAAACUUAAUACUACCGAAUUUAAUCAUAUUGAUCAUACUUAAAGUCCAUCUAUGGAUCAAGUAAAGUAGAAAUUUUAAAAAGGUGAUCCUAUAGAAGAAGAAGAUGAAAAAUGA